AUGUGCCAGUUUGCUGUACCGCUGCUACUCCCAGCUUGCAAUGGUUCGGAAUGCACCUUCAUGUUGUGGGCAUUGAGGGACAUUGUUAAAAAAUGGAAACCCCAUUCACUAGAAGAUAAGAAUGGAUUUAGGGAAGACAACGUGGUGAAUAUCAAGAUGCCAAUUUUUUCUUUUGUGAGGCUAGAAAAUUGCAGCUUAUCUAAAUCUGCCAUCCUGAACCAAAUUCUAACACCAUCUCAGCAGUAUCACAAUUUCUUCAUACACCGGGGGACAUGGAAGGUGGGUAUGUUAAAAAAAACCCUCUCCAGCGGCUUAGUAGAAAUGUCUUGGUAUUUGCCCGUUGGUCAAGAAAGCUCUGACAUUUUUCCAGAGCCCAUUACAGUAACAAACCUCCAUGGCAAUAUCUCUUCUUGCUGGACGCAGUUCAGCUUCUUAACCCAGAUAUCCUCUGCAGUUUUCAUAUUUGCAGACAGCAUUAGUGAGAUGGAGUUCACACAGCUGUCCAAGCUUGAAGAUGCCAACACCAAAUAUUAUUUGGUUUCCCAAAACCUGGAAAAAAAUGACUCAAUGUUAGAUUCAUUGAACUCGGCAUUAAAAAUGGAUGGCAGGCAUUUAAUAGAAAAGAAGAAUAAAAAUGAUGCAGAUUUGGUUCGACGCCUACAAAAACAAAUGAUAGAGUUAAUUGAAAAACCCACCAAGCAGGUCACUUUGGAGAAGACGGCAGAGACUGCUUGUGAACUUGGAAUUCGUGUAGACGAGCUCUCCACAGAAUGUCAGUCAGCAAAACUGAGAGCAAUGAAAAUAAUUAAAGAAAUAUGGGAUGUGGCAGGGUAUAAAGAAGAAACAAUGAAGCUACAGGGGGAUCUAUGUAAAAAACUGGCCAGAACGAGAACAGAAAUAUGUAGAAUGAAAGGGCAAAGUAAUGAAAAUUCCCAACAAUACAGGGAAAAACUUGAAAAUACAAGGACAGAAUUAAUCAGACAGCAGUAUGAGCAUACUCCAUCUGCAGGCAUUGUUGCCUUCAUAGAGUCAAUAUCACAGAAAAAUAGCUCAGAGAGAUGCUAUUUUCUAAAAUGGAUGAAGAUUUUCCUUGAUUCAAUUGCUAGAACCAACAUAUCAAAAUUACAGAACCAGUAUAAAGCCAAAGGCGACUCAGAUAUGAAACAGCUAGACUUAAUCAUGUCCAAGAGCUCUCUGGGUGUUGAGCAUUUCAUACGUGAGUUGGGUCAGUAUUAUGAUGCCGAAUGCUAUCUUUUGAAAAAUAACGAGAUUCGAAAGGAGGAACGGAAAUUUAACAAGCUCCCCGAAAUUGCAGCAGAACUUUUACUGGAUGGUUUGCCUCUGGAACUGAUCGAUGGAGAUGCCUCCAGUAUACCACUGGAGUGGAUAACUAGUGUUUUGAGUGAGCUAGAUAAGAGGACAGGAGGACAGUGCCGAAUAAGAGUCAUAACCGUUCUGGGGGUACAGAGCACUGGGAAGUCCACCCUUCUGAACACCAUGUUUGGUUUGCAGUUCCCAGUGGCCAGUGGGCGAUGUACAAGAGGAGCCUUCAUGACUCUUAUUAAAGUCGAAGAGAACUUUCAGCAGGAGCUAGGCUGUUCUUUCAUUUUGGUACUUGACACAGAAGGUUUAAGAGCUCCGGAGAUGAAUUCCUUGGAAGGAUCUAACCAACAUGACAACGAAUUAGCAACCCUAGUGGUUGGCUUGAGUGACUUUACGAUCAUAAAUUUUUCCAUGGAACAUGCAGCAGAAAUGCAGGACAUUUUACAGAUUGUAGUCCAUGCAUUUCUAAGGAUGGAAACCAUUGGCAAGAAACCCAAAUCCUAUUUCCUACAUCAGAAUGUCGCUGAUGUCGCUGCUAGUGAGAAAUGCUUAAGAGAUAGAAAGAAGGUUAUGGAUGAUCUUGAUAAAAUGACACUCACUGCAGCAAAGAUGCAAAAAAAGAGAGGGGUCAGUUCUUUUUCUGAUGUUUUGGAUGCUGACCAUGAGCACCAUAGCUGGUAUAUUCCUGGUCUCUGGCAUGGUGUUCCACCAAUGUCUUCCGUAAGUACAGGUUACAGUGAAAAGGUUUAUGAAUUUAAAAAAUACCUUUUACAUGUCAUGAAAACAUCUAAAAGACAGGCCCAAAGCUGGAGUGAGUUUUCUGAAUGGAUAAGAAGCUUGUGGGCGGCUGUGCAAUAUGAAAAUUUUAUCUUCAGUUUCAGAAACAGCCUGGUGGCAGAUGCCUAUGAUCACCUACACAUUAAGUAUAAUGAGCUGAAGUGGAACUUCAGCAAAGUCAUGUUUAAAUGGAUGCAGGAGACAGAAAACAUAAUCCGGAACCAGACAAAUUUACAGAAAGAGCCAAACACAGAUCUAACUAAUAACAUGUGCGAGAUACUUCAGAGAGAAGAGAACAUCAUGCGGGAAGAUUUAGAAAAGUAUUUUGGGGGUGGAUCUGAAAAUGCCAACUCCCAUCUGAUAGAAAGAUACAGAGCGGAAUUUUUCAAUAGUCUAAGCUCCUUAACAAAACAACUUGAAGACGAUGUAAGGCAGAGAUUAAAUGAAUGUUUGCAAAUUCAGAAAGGGAAGGCUGUGAUUCAAACGAAUCAGAAUACAUUUAUGGAAGUUAUUGAAAAGAAAGCCGCAAGCAAAUACCAAACCCUCAAAGACUGUGAAGACCUGCUCAAUCACGAUGAAGAGUUUGAGAAAAUAUGGAAUGAAACAUUCAUAGAAAUAAAACUGAUCAGCCUGCAUAAACGCAACAUUGGUCAAGAAAUCCUACACCAACUUAAAAUGGACAUGAAGCACAGCAUAGGACCCGUGACUAAGAGGUUGAACAACAUACACAACUUAAAGGACUAUGAAAGGAGAUGCUUUGCAGCCCAGCUACAGCACUUUGACAUAAGUUGGUACAACACAGCUUCUCAAACAAACUCAACCAAAUAUCCUGAUAGUCGACUGGUUCAAAUGAAUAAACAUGUGAAUGCACUGCUGCUCAAGUACAAAUUGCACGUCAUUGCUAAAAUGAACACAAAAGAGGAUUACCAUGACACCUAUUGCCAAGAACUCUUAAAUAUGGUAAACAAAGAACUCCAAGAGAGUGCUAUUGAGAAAUUCCAUACAUCGCCUCACUUUGAGUUAGACUUAAAGCUUCACAUCUUGGGGAGAGCAGCUCCCAUGUUCCAGAGGAUGCAUGAGAACUUCAUCCAAGAGAAUGAUCCAAAGAUCAGCUUGGAGAAGUUAAAACCUCAGUAUCUUGCCACCUUUAAGAAUAUAUUCCUUGAGAAAGAUCAAUGUAAAAAGAGGACAGAGGACUUUUGCCAUUCUUGCCUGAAACCAGCAAUAGUAGAAUUCAUCUAUAAAAACCUUGGGAGAGAAAUUGUGGAUGACAUUUUGCUCAGCGAACACUCCAAGCAAUACAGUAGUCGGAUGUUUUUCCAGUUCAACCUGCUGAAAAAUUUGCUGGAAGAAAAAAACUUUGACCAAUAUAUGAUGUAUAUCAAUGAAUAUGAAUUGUUUGUGAAGAGCAAACUUAAAGCACAUAUACUACAGAAAUACGGGAAACCUGGUGGCCUUCAAAGUUUGCAUGAGAAAAUUAUUCAGAAAAUUACACACGUAGUCAACAAUGCAUUGAGAGAUCCAACUGUACAAGAAAGUUCAAAUGUAUCUUCCUUUUUGAAAAUGUUUUGUAAGCUUUUGCAAAAAGAAUUAGUCAUUCCAAGGAACGCUAUGAACGUGAUUUUAUUCCAGAACAAUGACAAAGCCCAGCAGUUUUCUGAAUACUUUCAAUCUUCUUUCUCUAAACAGGUGGAUGAAAUUUUAAUAGAGAUGAAUUCUCUAGAUCUUGACUAUGUGCUUUCCAUGGUCACUCUGAAUCCACAGGAUCAGCUGUUUAAGAGAGUUUUUGGAUGUGGCAAGCUAUGUCCAUUCUGUAAUGUUCCUUGUGAAGCUGGAGGACAUGACCACAAGGAGCAUUUUGCAUCAGUCCACCGACCUCAGGGGCUCGCCGGAUACAAAAACCUUGGAACAAAUGUCCUAUGUAACUCUAUAUGCUCCACCGAAGUGGUAGGAAAAGGAUGUUUCAGAAAUUCAAACACACAGUGGGCCACUGUGCCUUACAAAGAAUACAUUCAGUUCUAUCCAGACUGGAUCAUUCAACCUGACCCAGGCAUCAAUGCCUCGGAUUACUGGAAGUUUAUCUUAAAAGAAUUUAAUGACCAGUUUGCAGAAGAAUAUGAUGCGAUACCAACCCAGAUACCAAAAAACUGGGGAAAGAUAACAAAAGAGCAAGCCAUGAAAAGUCUAAGGGAUUCAUUUAAUCAUUAA